UCUAAGCUGGCGUCUCAAGUGGAGAGCUUGAAUGACCAACUGACAGAGGUAGGUGGGCAGGUGGGUAGCAUGAACCGGACUCUGUCUUAUGACGUGGGAAUCCACCAUACCCGUAUCCAGGACCUGCAAGUCCUCAUCAGCAAUGCCUCAGAAGAUGCUCGGCAGAUGCGCUUUGUCCACAUCGCCAUGGAACAGCAGCUCAAACAUGAGCUGGCCAUUCUGAACAAUGUGACUGAGGAUCUGAGGCUCAAGGAUUGGGAGCACUCCAUUGCUUUGAAGGAUAUCUCAGUGAUACGAGGGCCACCAGGACCCAAAGGGGAUCAAGGCAAUGAAGGAAUAGAAGGUGAACCUGGCCGACCUGGUAUGCCUGGAUUGCAAGGGUAUCCUGGUGAAAGAGGACAACGAGGGCCAAAAGGGGACAAAGGAGACAUUGGCCAACGUGGGCUACCUGGCCUCCGUGGAAUGACAGGUGAGCGGGGCCCAAAGGGAGAGAAAGGCGAGAAAGGAGACCAAGCUGGAGAAACAGCUCUUACUUUGGAAGAGGGAAUUAUCCGCUUGAUGAAUGGCUCCGGUCCUCAUGAAGGGCGAGUAGAAGUCUUUCACGAUCGACAAUGGGGAACUGUGUGUGACGAUGGAUGGGACAAGAAAGAUGGGGAUGUGGUGUGUCGGAUGCUGGGUUUCCGAGGCAUUGAAGAGAUUUACAGAAUGGCUGCAUUUGGACAGGGGAAAGGACGGAUUUGGAUGGAUGAUGUGGCCUGCAAGGGAACAGAAGAUAGUCUUCUCCAAUGUAGCUUUUCCAGCUGGGGAAAAACAAACUGUGGGCAUGCUGAGGAUGCUGGAGUGAAGUGCUUGAGGCAGUGAUAGGACAAAUUUGACAACCAAAGAGUGAACAAAGGAUUUACUGGAGAAGAAACUAUGAGACCUCAGAGGUUGUUAGAAUAGCAGAUACUGUGCUUUCUUAUUGCCAAUGCAAUCAAAAAGGAACCGCCCAACUUCUGCCUUUAUAUGUCUCAGGUGCUACAGUAGAAACUACUGUAAUUUUUCUAUCCAGCCUGUAAUGCUACCGGGGGAGGUGCCAUUUCAUCCUUUUCCAACUUAUAUCCUCCACUUUUCCUAAUGUAUACAACAAAGUUACAAGAAGCCAAGCCAUUUAAGGCUUCCGUUCAUUACAUAGAAUUUGAAUAUCAAAGGUUGCUGAACAUAUUAUUGCAAGCUAUGUGUGAUGCAGCCCUCAAACCAACAGGACAGCUCCCGAGCUGAAGAUACGCUAUACAGGGAGAAGCGGAGCAGCUACAGACAUAAUAACCUGUUUGCUUAGCAAGCUGAUGAUUAUUGCAUUCUGAAUAAUAAAAAUAUUUGAGAUGUUCUGUAUUUCUCUGUGUUGCACAACAAAAAAAGGUUCUUCCUUUUACAAAGCUAUAUAGGAUAGGAGGGGGCCUACAUAUGAAAGAGUAUAGUACUUAGCAUAACAAUAAGAGCUGUACUGUAAUUAUAAAAGAUAGGAAUAGAGCCCUUGGUGUUUAUGUACAUGCUGAAAUGUACAAUUCUUUUGUCAGGGAAAAAGAUGGUAGUUCAUGCUGAUAGAACAUAUAUUGUGAAUUGCAUGAUAUUUGUGGUACAGUGGCAGUAUAAAUGAGCUCAAAACUGUCAGUGGCCAGUGGAAAUGGGACCCCAGAAGUCAUUUUCCAUAGACUGCAGAAUUAUAUAGAACCUAGAACAGAGAUAAACCUAACAUUUAAUAACAAACUCCCACCCACUUUUUAAAAAACAAUCACAUGCAUUCAAGUAAUCUCUGUGUGGAUUCAUCACUGAUUCCUCAGACACAUUUUCAUACAACCCUUCUUUCCAAAUCUUUCAAAAUAGGUUAUAAAGCAGAAAGUGGUAAUAGACAACUUGAAAUUUUGAAACAGAAAAGCCUAUUCAACCCUUGCAAAAUAUUUGCAAAAGUCAGCCUUAGACAUGCGUAGCUAAGAGAGUUAUUCUACCGUUGCAGAAUAUACAGAGUUAUUUUGCUCUUCCUUUCUUAAAAUGUUGAAGCUUAGAUGUUUUAAACUCUCUGUUGCAUUGUUCAAGAUCUAGUUAUACUAUAAAAACUGUAUCUGCUGCCAACAAUGCACUCUACAGCUUGGUGGCUUGAAGACAUGUAGAUGUUAUGUGCAGAUUAGCAUGGCUGGUGGGGAAUUCUGGGAAUUCAAGUCAACCUUCAAACUUAAAAAAACACUCUUGUAUAGAAACUCAGCAGCAUGGUAACGUAGGCCUCACUCUAGUAUCACUAUUUGAUACAAAAUUAUGAACAGAAGUUUAUUAAACGAACUGGUUAACUCAAUGAAUAAAGUAUUUCUUU